AAUAAACAUGUGGGGGAGGGGGGAUAUUUUUCAUUUAUGUAUUUAUUUUGCAAAGUAGAAGUAAAAACAUGGUUCCCAGUCAAGAUUUGGACAUCUUUGAAAUAAUGAGAUGACUGAAAAAGGGACGUACCUUGUCGUUGAACUUGAGAGGAAGUGACGUUUGUCAAGUCCGUAUUUGUAAGAUCCCGUUCUUGAUUCUGCGUGGAAAUGAUCGACAAAACAGAUUAACUAUCCAAAAGCGACAUUUGUCAACACGACGUUAGCUUAAUCCCGUUCGCGGUGAGUGCUAAUCUUGGAACAACAUGGUUCCGCGUGAACCGGCUCAAUUAGCAACCCAACUGCAAAUAGAAUUUAGUCCGUCUUGAAGACGCUUCAUGACAAGCUAGGAACGCCGCUUUCGGAAACUAUGAGAAUUGGUUUGGUUUUAGUGACGAAACAAGACGCGACUUAAACUCACCUUUGUCGUUGUAGGGGCGCCGGGAUGACUUUCGUGUCGACUUUUUUGCGAGCUCUGCGGCUGGACGCGUUCUUCGCCCGGGCUCGUCGGUAUCCGCUCGCCUACUGCCUGCUCGCCGCCAUAUUGGCCGCCACCAUCCUGCUCCACAGGUACCUGCACAUCCUGAUUGGCUUGUGGUCUUUCCUGGUGGGCAUGGUCACCUUCUAUUGGGCGCUGGAACCUGACUCGCUGCUCCCAAAUAUCUUGUUUGCUUGUACAGCGCCACCUAAGCGUCAGGAACCAGAGUUGUUUCCUUCGGCUGGGAGCUGCGCAGUGUGCGGGAAGGUGAAAUGCACGCGGCAUCGCCCGACGCUGCUCCUGGAGAACUACCAGCCAUGGUUGGGCCUCGAGCUGCACUCCAAGGUGGACGCGUCCAUCGCAGAGGUCUUCGAGCUGGUCCUGGAGAACUUUGUGUAUCCGUGGUACCGGGAGAUCACGGACGACGAGGCCUGCGUGGACGAGCUGCGUUGGAGCUUUCGCUUCCUGGCGUCCGUGUUGGUCCGCCGAGCUCAGAAGGUGGACCUUCCCGCCGUCCUCGCCGACCGCGCCAUGAGGGCGGCUGUCAAGCACGUGGAGGUCCUGUCGAGGGCCCGCGCCAGAGUCCGUCAAGGUCGGACGCUGCAGCAGGCAGCUCUGGAGGAGUACGGCGGCGACCUCCACGUGGCCGUGCGCAGCCGCAAGCAGGAGCUGCUCUACCUCAGGAAGCUCAGCGAGAUGCUCUUCCCGUACCUGAUGCCGCCAAAAGCCACCGACUGCAGGUCGCUGGCGCUGCUGCUGCGGGAGGUGGUGUCGGGUUCCGUCCUGCUGCCCACCAUGGACUUUGUGGCCGACCCGGACACCGUUAACUUGAUGGUGCUCAAGUUUCUCGACGACACGCCUCCCGAACCCGCCGCCGAAGCGCCAUCUGCUCGCGUUCCUUUCCUGCACAGAUACGCCGACUGCAGCGGGAACAAGCGCUCGGUUCUGAAGUUGGAGCUGAAGGAGAUCCGAGAGCAACAGGACCUCCUGUUCCGCUUCAUGAACUUCCUCAAGCAGGAGGGCGCCGUGCACGUCCUUCAGUUCUGCCUGGCCGUGGAGGAGCUCAACGACAAGAUCCUGAGUCCGGAGCUGGCCGACUCGGAGCUGCGGCGUCUGCACGGCGAGCUGGCGCACAUCUACCGGACGUACUGCCUGGACGAGAGCGUCGACAAGAUCAAUCUGGACCGCGCCGCGGUGGAGGACAUCAGGAAGGUGGCCGCCGGUCCGUACGGCGCCGUGGUCAAGCUGCGGACCAUGCGCUGCCUCUUUGAGGCCUACGAGCACGUCCUGUCGCUCCUGGAGGGCGUCUUCGCGCCCAUGUUCUGCCACAGCGACGAGUACUUCAGACACCUGCUGAAAGGAGCCGAGUCGCCGGCCAGGAGCUCGCGAGCGGGCAGGAACGCCGCCAAGCGCGCCGAGUCCUUCGCCAUCAGCAGGAUCGGCAGUAAAAUCAAAGGCGUGUUCAGAAGCACCACCGUGGACGGCGCCGUCUUGCCACCCGGGGCCGGGACGGACGUCGACGUCGACGGCGGGGUGGAGGAGGCCACGGUGGUGACGGAGGACGACGCCCCCGCCCCCGCCCCGGCGGGGGCGGGUAGCCUGAGGAGGCUGUCGUCCUGGAGCGUCGCCAUCCCGUACGUGGACUUGUACGAGGACGACGCAAAGAGGGAAAAGAUUCCCGUCUUCUGCAUCGACGUGGAGCGCAACGACAGGAAGGAAAUCGGACACGAUCCCGAGCGUUGGUCCGUCCACAGAAGAUACUUGGAGUUCUACGUGUUGGAGUCCAAGCUGACAGAGUUCCACGGCGCUUUUGCCGACACGCAGCUACCCCCGAGACGCAUCCUGGGACCCAAGAACCACGAAUUCCUCACCUCCAAGAGGGAAGACUUUGAGGACUACUUACAGAAACUCCUGCGCUAUCCGGAGCUCAGCAACAGCCAGCUGCUGGUGGACUUCCUGUCUCCUCACGGCAUGGGCUCUCAGUUUGAGGACAGGAUGCUUCCCGACGUCAACUUGGGCAAAAUUUUCAAGUCCGUACCCGGGAAGUUGAUGAAGGAGAAAGGGCAGAACCUGGAGCCCUUCAUCCAGUCCUUCUUCAACUCUUGCGAGUCUCCCAGAGCCAAAGCCAGCCGCCCCGAGCUGACCGUCCUCAGCCCGAGCGCCGACGCCAACAAGCGGCUCCUCAGCCAGAUCUACAGGGACGACGGCAACGUGGCGGCCAAGGCCGGGAGGCCCGAGCGGCGCGGCGACCGCUCGGUGGAGGUGGGCCUGGACGGCGCCUACGACUACCUGCUGCACACGGGUCGGCUGCUGUUCCGCAUGCCGCGCUGGCUGGACGGCUUGCUGUCGGCCACCAGGAUCCUCCUGAAGAACACCUUCGAGGCCUACGUGGAGCGGCGCCUGCGUGCCAAGAUGGACGCCGUCCUGCAAGAGCACCGCCUCGUCUCGCUCAUCACGCAGCUACGAGACGCCGUCUUCUACGAAAGCGCGGAGGAGCGCGGCGGGCCGGCCAAGGCGGCGCGAGCCGAGCGGACGCUGGAGGAGAUGAUGGCCUAUCUGCCCGACGUGGUGGGGACGUGCGUCGGCGAGGAGGCCAAGCGCGAGGGAGUCGGGCUCCUCUUUGAGGCUCUUCAGCAACCGCUCCUCAACAAGCAGAUGUCGUACGUGCUGUUGGACGUGGCCGUGCUGGAGCUCUUCCCCGAACUGCGCCAAUGAGCCGCCAGCGCCAGGAGU